CACGUGUACGUAGGGACGAGCCGGAAGCGGUCGGCUGCAGAGGCGACGCGCCCUGCCGCGGCCGUCAUGGAGGCAGAGGGGGACGUGCUGUCCGCGCGGCCGGCCCUGGAGACCGAGGGGCUGCGUUUCCUGCACGUCACGGUGGGCUCCUUGCUGGCGAGCUAUGGCUGGUACAUCCUCUUCAGCGGCAUCCUCCUCUACGUGGUCUUCCAGAAGCUCUCUGCCCGCCUCGGGGCCUGGAGGCAGCGGCAGCAGGAGCGCGCCCAGGCCGCCCUCGAGCCUGAUGUGGUCGUGAAACGACAGGAAGCUUUAGCGGCUGCUCGUUUGAAAAUGCAGGAAGAGCUAAAUGCGCAAGUGGAAAAACAUAAGGAAAAACUAAGACAGCUGGAAGAAGAGAAGAGGAGACAGAAAAUUGAGAUGUGGGACAGCAUGCAAGAAGGCAAGAGUUACCAAGCCCGAGCGAGGAGGCCCCCGCCGGAAGAAGAUGGUCCUGGGCCUUCUACGUCGUCUGCCGUUCCAAAACGGAAGUCUGACCAAAAGCCUCUGCGGGGAGGGGGUUAUAACCCUCUGACUGGUGAAGGAGGCGGAACCUGCUCCUGGAGACCUGGACGCAGGGGUGGCCCAUCAUCCGGUGGAUGAGGCUAAGAAUCUUGCUAGUGUCACUUUGGACAUUAGCAAAGAGAGUCCUUAACCCUCCAUUCAAUUGCCUUAUACACACUUUUCACAGUGACUGGCCAAGGGGAGGUGGGAAUUCUUUCCGUUCUUCAUCCUACCUGUGUCUUGAAGGGCUUCGGUCAUAGGGCAUGGGCAUUAGCACUAGGCUUUGGUCACACUCCACUUAGAGAUGGUGGUUACACUCCUGGAUCAGGGUUAACUGCUGGCUGGUAGGUUAAGAUCUCCAGCCGCAGAGCAGUGUUGAUGAAGGAAGCCUAGUAAUGAUCCGUUACACUAUAGGUCCUGGCCGGUAGGAGUCGCUGUGGCAGGGUGUGUGGAAUGAUGUCUUCCUUAUAAAUGGUGAGCCCACCAGUGAGGAUUACUGAUGCAGACAGUUGAUGGGGUUUAUUUCUGUAUAUUUAUUUUUGUGUAUAGAACUUUGUUUAAAAAAAAACCUAUAAAUAUUAAAAAAAAGUGAAUAAAACAUUUCUAGCAUCCUUGUUAAUUCUGUUUAUAGACCUAAAUCUGUCAAAGAUUAAAUAGAUUUUUCUUCCUCA